AUGGCACGCAAGCCCGACUUAUGUCGGACAGCAGGCGAAGAGCUCCUACAUUGUUUCAAGUACGCAAAAGCAUGUUUCUCGGGUACAAAAGAUAUGGAGCUGACCUUUUUCGAUGGCGAGUCGUUGUUGUAA